GGAAGCUGGGGCUUCUUGCUGUGAGGUCGCGUUGUCCAGUGUAGCGGAGGGUCCUUGAGGCAGGAGUGAAAAUUGGGUCUGGGGAUUAGUCCUGGGGUGGAGGUCUGGGCACGCCGGGUCGGACCCCCUCCAUCUUCGGUUUUGCACACCCACUUUCCAGCGCGGAGUCGGGGCGAGUCGGGCGGCGUCGCGUGCGUGACGUCAUCCAGCGGCGCCUCGCGAAGCUCCAGUGGCCUUGACCUCCCGCGGCGUGGGAGGCUGCGCGGCGAUGCUGCAGUUGUUCCGGGCCGGGGCGCUGGCCUGGCUUCGGCCUACGGGCUUCCGGGGCCUGAGUUCGCUGGCGGAAGAGGCAGCGCGUCCGACCGAGAACCCGGAGCAGGUGGCGAGCGAGGGUCUCCCGAAGCCCGUGCUGCGCAAAGUCGAGCUCCCGGUACUCGCUCAUCGACGCCCGGUGCAGGCCUGGGUCGAGUCCCUGCGGGGCUUCGAGCAGGAGCGCGUGGGCCUGGCCGACCUGCACCCCGAUGUUUUCGCCACCGCGCCCAGGCUGGACAUCCUGCACCAGGUUGCCAUGUGGCAGAAGAACUUCAAGAGAAUUAGCUAUGCCAAGACCAAGACGAGGGCCGAGGUGCGGGGCGGUGGCCGGAAGCCUUGGCCGCAGAAAGGCAGUGGGCGGGCCCGGCAUGGCAGCAUCCGCUCUCCGCUCUGGCGAGGAGGCCCAGGCGAGAGCGGACACCAACACAUGGUGCUUGCAGGGGUCUCCCCAAGUGUUGUUGCUCCCAGAUCAUACUGCUUGCUCCACCGGGGCGUGUGCCUGAUGCCUUCCUCUCCCGCUCGACCUGAAAGUUCGAACCUCCUGAUAAUUUCAGCAUUAACAGCUGUGCUUGAGAGGUGUUGCCCAUGGCCCCCGGGGCCCCACAAGUUACUACUACAUGCUGCCCAUGAAGGUGCGGGCCCUGGGCCUGAAAGUGGCACUGACCAUCAAGCUGGCCCAGGACGACCUGCACAUCAUGGACUCCCUAGAGCUGCCCACCGGGGACCCACAGUACCUGACAGAGCUGGCGCACUACCGCCGCUGGGGGAACUCCGUACUCCUCGUGGACUUAACACACGAGGAGAUGCCACAGAGCAUUGUGGAGGCCACCUCUAGGCUCAAGACCUUCAACCUGAUCCCAGCUGUUGGUCUAAAUGUGCACAGCAUGCUCAAGCACCAGACGCUGGUCCUGACGCUGCCCACUGUCGCCUUCCUGGAGGACAAGCUGCUCUGGCAGGACUCGCGUUACAGACCCCUCUACCCCUUCAGCCUGCACUACAGUGACUUGCCCCGACACCUACCCCAUGCUACCCAGGGCCCGGCGGCCACUCCGUACCACUCUUGAUGUGAAGCACCUCUUCUGAGCCAGGCUGAUCCCCUGGCCAACUUGGGAGCCUCAGGCCCACGCCCACUCUUCAAGGAAGGUGCCACCUGGACCCCUUCAUUCCAGGGAGGAGGCUGAGGCCACAGGGAGCGGCCAUCGCCAUUGGGAAGGGGCGACUCCACGGAGAGCCCAGACAGGCUUCUGCAUCCAUUCUCUCUUUUUGUUUUUUAAAUAAAUUGUAUUUUUGAAUCAAGGAGGAUAAAGA